CCCCAACAACAACAACAUGUCAUUCAAACGUGAAGAAAGCGGUGAUUCUGGCAUUGAAGUCUCCGAUCCCCUGCGUCUGACCUCCAAUACUCCAUCAGCCCAUGGCCCCAUUACAGCGGCAAAGCCCGCUUUGGAACGACACAUUUCGCAUAUCCCAACCGAGAGCGAUGAUGAAGAAGUCGAUGACAGUAAUCACCAAUCCGGAAUGAAGAAACUCAAGAACCGCAUCGCACACCCACACGACAAGACCAAGUCCAAAGACGACACCACCAGCUCAUCGUCCGACUACACUGAAAAGCGCCACGAUUCCGGUAAUGCCACAACGUCCGACUUUGAAAUCAGCCCAGGCAUCAACCUCAGCGAUCAUAUUGACUCGGCCGAAGUCAAGGCCAAAACACCCUCUCUCGAGCGUCACGUCUCGUCGAUAGGAGAGGAUGGACUUCUGAAUCCCGAUGCACCACCGCAGCAGCAGCAGCAGUCGGGGUCGUUGUCGUCGUCAUUAGGAGCUCACUCGCCGAAAUUGGAGAGGCAGAUUUCGGAUAUACCUCAGCAUGAUUAUGAUAGUGAUCGGGAGAUGUAAUGACGAUGCGAUGCGAUGAGAUUCUGAUAUCGACAGGUUGGGAUGUGAAAGAAAGGAAGACAAAGGAGUGUACGUGUGUGUGUUUUUCAUUUCGAAUUGGUCAGAAUGAGCGAAUCUGGAGGGGGAUGGAUUACUAUGCGCUGGGUUGACAGAGGUAUUGAGAGCAAAGGUGAGAGGAACGAUGGUGAUUCGCCGGGGGUUUGCACGCUAUGGCUAUCAUGAAGAAGAGAAAGAAAGAAAGAAAGAUGAGGAUGAGAAAGAUGACAAGAAGGAAGAUGAAAAAGAACCAAGACAAAAAAAAGAAGCUGAUAAUUAAAUUCAUGAAUCAAUCCAUCAAUCAACCAAUCAAUGGAAUUGGAGGUAGGUAAGGUACCUGAGUAGGAGGUAGUGCUUUCGGCUUCCAGAUGUCUUUUUCUUUUCUUUAAAAAGAAGAAAUUAAAAUCAAAAAAAGAAAAGAAAAAGAAAAGAACAAAUGAC